AUGGUUGUUAAAUUAGUAGGCAGUGGAGCUAAAGUAAAUAUAGCUUCAAAAGCAAACAUAACUCCUCUUCUGCUGGCUAUUUGGUACAACGAUCUAGAGUUAGUGAACCUGUUUCUAGAACAUGGGGCUGAGGUGAACGUUCAAAGUGUUAAUGUAUGUCAAAGCAGAACAGAUCUAGACAAUGAGAAUACAUGUGAAUUGUUUACAAGCAGUUUAGGCUGUAUUCUACAAGAUUCGUGUAAGCUCAAUGCCCUGCAUAUAGAUGAGAAAUCAAUCUGCAUACCAUACAAGCCUUUGCACUUGGCUAUUAAAAUAGAAAGAGAAGAAGUUUUUCAUGUACUUCUUAAAGCUGGAGCCGAUGUAUAUACAACAGAUAGCCAUGGAAACUCUGCCAUUCAUUACGCUGCAAAGUGUCAGAACAAGAUUUUCAUGAAAUAUCUUCUGGAAAACUAUUACACACCUACUAGGAAGCAAGCACUUGUUUUACAAAAUCUUAAAGAUGAGGAACUCGAAACUGACCCAUUAUUUGUUCCUUUGGAAGAAAAGGUGUCAGAGCCAGCUCAAUUGGUAUGUACUGAUCAAGUUACUGUAACUUACCAAGUAGCAACUACAGCACCUAAAUCAUGCUCUGGGAGUUCACCGAAUCAUCAAAACGCUAAAAGAAUGAGGGUAAGGUCUCUGGUUGAUUUCAACGAGUCAGAAAGUGAUCCGCCUCUGAAACGUUUAAAGCUCAAUACUUUAUCCGAUCCUGAAGGAAAAAAAUCAAAGGAAGAAUUAGAGCCAUCCACACUGACCAACGAGUCGCCUCCUCCCAAUACUGUCAAUAGCACCAAUGCAAUGAAAGCCACGGCCUUACACAUCUCGGUGUUCAAAAACAGAUUAGAAAAUGUGAAACUAUUAAUAGACGCUGGCUGUGACGUAAACAUUCAAACAAACGAAGGUGACACGGCGCUAUUAAUAGCUUUGACUAAAUCCUUUGACGAGAUGGGAGAAAUAUUGUUGAAUGCUGGCGCAGACCUAGGUUUGGCGAAAAAGGAUAAUGAAAGUUUGUUCCACAUCUCUGUGAAAAACGGAUGCAUAAAGUCGUUGGACUUUUUAGUUAAAGCAGGCGUGAACAUUUAUGAAACAAACGGUGAAGGCUCUACAGCUCUCCAUUUUUUACCCAGAAAAGAUAUAGCUUCUUUACUGAUUGACUCUGGUUUGGAUGUCAAUCAGAAAGAUAAGUUCGGUCGAUCACCCCUUCACAUUGCCGCUGAACAACAGAAUCUGGACAUGGUACGGUUUCUGUGUACCAAUGGAGCAGAUAUUGACAAGCAAGAUAUGAGUGGUGAAACCAUUCUUAUCAUAAUUUCGAAAUUGAUCGCAAGUUCCUGUAACAUAAAUACAAACUUAUUCCAAGAACUUUUAGGACUAGGUCCUAGUAUAGAUAUACAAGACACUUUGGGCUGCACUGCGCUGAUGCAUUUAAUGAACAGCAAGGCUGACGUAAAACAGGAAGUAGAUCUUCUUUUAGUGAAUGGCGCCAAUGUCAAUAUUAAAGAUAAAGAGGGGAGAUCACCACUGUUUUAUCUACUAAUGUCGAGCAGAAGUGAACUUUCUGAUUUAAAAAUGUUGCUGCAAAAAGGCGCUGAUCCGUUUUUGGGAGAGAAUCAUAGACACAGUUUGACCAGAUGGAUAAAGCAAGAAAAAUAUAUAAGACGGCCCUUAUUUAUGAAUGAUGACGAAUGUCUACGUUUAUGUAUAAGCAACGGUAUUAUGUUAAACAUUGGCAAAGUUUUUAAUACAACGUCUGCAUUGAAAUAUUUGGCACAAAAGCAACAUUGGCCCAGAAUGAAAUACUUGUUUGCGAACUGUGGAUUAAAAUUAGAAGACCUACGGUUUAUUCGAGAUAAAGAAUUUGCGAACAUCCAAUUUGAGUCACAGCUUUUUUGGCGAUCCGAUAUUGGCCAUCGCCCAGUAGAAGAAGAAACCUUGAAUAAAGCGAUGUGCGAGCCAUGGCCUCUGGUCAAGCUUUCUUUUAUUACAGUGUCUAGCUUACUUGGAGACGGAUAUGACCGAGCCGAAAGAGUUGAACAGACGCCACUCCAGGCAAACUGAAAGAGCUGCUAUUGUUUCAAACACCAGCGGCAAGACUUCCGGUCAGUGAAUGGUCCAAAAUACCACUGUGCUUUGAUCCAGUAGAGUACGAGAGACUAGCAAAUCCUAGACCGCUAAUGUACUACUGGCCUUUUGGGACCAUUUUAGCCUGAUAUUGUAUUGCUUUAAAAUAGAUUUAUGGUACUUGAAGACCUUUUGAUAAUCUCCAUCGAUUGGAGAUUUUCAAAAUAAACCAGACAAUGUCAAGGACGAUAAAUAAAACGUCAUUGUAGCCAAUCAAAUAAACACAAUGAAUAAUAACUUUAAUAAUAUUUUAGUGCGUAUCAGUUUAUCUUCGUAUUAAUUCUCUUUUUUAAUUACUGCUAGGUAGCUGCACAUGAGUUUCUUUUUAAUAUGCUUAAAGUCAUUGAGUGAAAGUUUGAUACAUAAUAAAAUUGAAGAUUUUCAACUUCCAAUUUAAAAAAAAAAUGGCAAAGACACUAAAUUGAAUUUCACGGUUGUCCGUGUUUUCACCGAUAUUGUUAUUGGUAAAUCUUAUAAAAUACAGACGUUACUUCAAAAAAGAUGAUAAUUACGUCAUGCAUUUUGUCAUGCAUGUUAACCAAUGACUUAAAUCCUGCCAAGCCAUUGGUUUUCCUGUCUGACUCAGGCAGCCCAUUUAAUUCCAAGACGAAAAUACUGAAGUUGACAAUUGAAGUCAAACUGAAAUUUCCUUGUGUUAGAAGCUAUAUCUUAUCUUUAAGUAGCUUUAUCAUUAUAUAAAUUUACAAUGAACCGAUGUCAUGUUUUUUUAUGUUUUAUGUUGUUUUUUUUUUUUUUCAAAAUAUAUGUUUUGAUUUCCUCAUUACAAGGGAACAUAGUGAUGCGACAUGUAAAGUCAUUGUAAAGGUCGUUUUGGCGCAGCCGUUUUGGCGCAUGGGUCGUUUUGAUGCAGCCAUUUUGGCGCAGCCGUUUUGGCGCAUGAGACGUUUUGGCGCGAAACGUUUUGGCCACAUUGUUUACGUUCAUUAUAUGAUUUCGUUAAAAAGAAUGAGACAUAUCUAUGUUUUUGUAUGUGUGUUUGUGUUGAACAUAUUUUGCAUGUACAGAACAAGAGAUAUUUUUUGUCCCUUUUUUUUUUUUGGUAAUUAAGUUUGUUAUUUAUAUAUUGUUAAAUCACUAAUAUUACACAAUACCAGGCUGCCAUCCAUACUUCACAGUAUGCGUGCUUGAAAUAGUCAAAGUUAUUAAGACUUUUUUUUAUGAGGAGGGGGGAGGGGUGGAAUGUAUACUUUGUUUAUCUUGGUAUAAAUAGAGUGAAAAAAUAUGUUUAUUAUACAGUUCUCAACACGUUUUUAAGUAGUUUUUGUACAUUAUAUAUGUUAUUUAAGUAAUUAUUUUUAUACCUCUUAACAAAACUUAUUGUAUCUAUAACUAUAACAAGUCCAUUAAUUAAUUCAAUGUGACUUAUUUACUGCAUAGAAAUGUGUCUUUGUGUCCCACAUCAUUUUCUUUCAAUAAACAUUUUAGCUUGUGUUUGUCUCUUUAUUAAGAGGUACAUUUUUAUUUUCAAAAAUGUUUGUUGAAGGUAUGACACUAAUUUACAAAAAAAAAAAAAAAAAUUAAAAUGCUGUCAUGAGGAGUGCUAGAAACAGAUUCUCCUCUUACCCGCGAGAGAGGGAAGGGGUGGAGGAAAGAGUAUAUACAAGGAGUGAAAUGUGCCCAGAAGAGAGGGGGCGGGAUGGGUGUCGAAGGUAAUGACCAGUCCGAAGGCUACGAUCGCCAGACGCAUGACGCCAACGACCAGCGCUCGGUGCUGAUUUUGUCUUCAUUUGACUUUACCUGCGCCAAGGAAAUAUCAUCCAUAUUACCGAUGAAGCUAAGAUACUCUUAAAAGAUAUAUUUUGAGAAAUUGGGUUAAGGUUAGUGGUGAUUUGGGUGAAACAUCUCUCCUAACCACAACCCAAUUUCUCAAACUAUAUCUUUUAUGAGUAUCUUUGCUUGUUCGGAUAUUAAACCGAUUUCAAUUUUUUUUUAAAAUGCUUUUUGGAAAGAAAGCGAAGAAUGUCAUCCAGCGCCCUUAGCAGGACUCACAUAUAAUUAAAGGGGAGGGGAUAGCAUGUCAUUACCAUUCGGAAAUCUGACUUAUUAUAUAUUCAUGAAAUAAGCAAAUAAAAAAAAAAUUCGUUGGACGGUGUUAGAAUUCAUACUAUACAUACAAUAUUAUAGUAGAGUGAAAUAAACAUUGUUAUAAAAGCUACGUACUUAUUUAAUUAUCAUAAAAUUACAUCUCGCGUCAAAACGUCUCGCGCCCAAACAGCUGCGCCAAAACGGCUGCGCCAGAACGUCUCGCGCCCAAACGGCUGCGCCAAAACGUCUCGCGCCCAAACGGCUGCGCCAAAACGUCACGUACCGAAUGGGAACGAUAUGGAAUGUUAUGAAAAACACUAAGAUUCCAAAGCUAUUUCCUAUGUCUAUCCUAAUAUAGUGUGUUUUUCUUUUACGAAAUUUAAUAUUGUUGUAGAAACAUAUUUUUCAUUCUGUUAGACAUAACUAUUAUGCUGCACUUUAUAAUGUAUUUAUAUUUUUCUGUAAUAUAACGCUUAAGUUAUAUUUUAUUGUACACAUGUAUUGAAUUGUAUCUAGCAAACUAAAAUUCUAUAAAAUUUCACGUUUUAGAAGAAUAAGAUGACUCAAACCAUGAAAACAGUAAAUAAUAUAUUUUUGGUCUUUCUUUACG